AAAGAAAACCGGCCAGAAGAAGCUAGAGAGGUUUUUAAAGUUGAUGUUAUAUGUAUAGAAGAUAGUGAAGAUGAAUGGUAUUCAGAGAAUGAAGAUUAUGAAGAGGACUAUGAGGAUGAAGGAGAUUAUGAAUCUGAGGUAGAAGAGAUGGAGUAUGAAAGAACUGAUAGUAUAGAGAAACAAUGGAAUACGUGGGAGGUUGAUGAGAGUGAAGUAGUGGACAUGAAUCGGCAGGAACAAGGGUAUGAACAAUUAUUACAUGAUUUCGAAUGGUGGGAAUAUGAGAAUAGAAAAGGAACUGAAAUGUCACUUUCCCAGGACGAAGAGCCCAAAAAAAAUGUGCCUUGGUCGCUUACACCCGAAGAAGUUAUAGAAGCCUCGGAGGAAGAAAAUGACCCCAAGUAUGAGGGUGAUGAAGGAUCAUCUGAUGGUAAUUAUUCUUCUUCUUCACAAUGGGAAAUGUCAGAUGACAAAGAGACCCAAAUAGAAGUUGUAAUAAACAGUGGAUCGACAAGUCUAACCACCCCGGAGGAAGAAACUUUGACCAAAGAGUGGAAGGUUAAUAAGAGUCUUGCAAACCAAGUAAAUCAAAAGAAUGCAAUGAUAGAUGAAUUUAUCAAAUGGCCAGAAGAUGACCAGGAAGAAACCUUUGAGCCACAAGCCAUUAAUAUCAGCGGGAUAAGAUGCCAAAAAUUGGUCUUUGCAGGGAAAACCCAGCACUUCGAAAAUGAGUUCUUUCUCUAUGACCAUCCUACUCUUAAUAACCAUAUAGCAGCCCGGGAGCUCAAUUUAUGGGAGGCCGUAUAUUGGGUAGAUUUUUAUGGCUAUCUUUUAAUUGCCAACGACCCAAAUGAAUUACUAAUCCUGCAAAACUGGAUGCAAGAUGAAGUACAACAAAGUGAAGCCUGGCAGUUAAUGGCUUUACAAACUGGCAUUGAUCCUGAGUGUAACCGAAGACUUGUAGAUGAUAAUGGUGUUCUUAUCUUACCUGUGGAAAUCGAGUUGGAUUAG